GGCUGCGGAUUAGUCAGGCGAUCAACACGUUAAGAGAGUGUGUACAAAUCAAAAUGGGCGGCUAAGGACUUCGAGCGUUGCCCAAAUUUCAUAGUGUUACAAAGUAUUACUCCCUACAACUCUAAUCGAGCAUUGCAACACCAAGAACAGGAAGAACAACAACCAUGGGAAUGCUUGCAGGAACCAGCUUCUUAUAUCUUACUCUUCUUCUACUCAGUACAGUUGCUGUGGAGUUCUGCAUCUGCAGAGACAGCAUAAGUAGGACUGAGUUCAUCAGAGACCUGGAAUCCAUCAUCUCCAACGGUGGUACCUUCAAGCUCGGCUUCUUCAGCCCCCCUAACUCAAGUGAACGUUAUGUGGGCAUUUGGUACAAUGAUGUCCCUUCUUCCCCUGUCAUCUGGGUCGCAAACCAGAACAGAUCCAUCAAUGAUUCUUCGGGAAUCCUGAAACUAUCCGAUGACGGAAACCUUGUGGUCCAGAAUGGACAAAAUGAAACUCUAUGGUCAUCGGAUGUUUCGACUGCUGGCGUGAACAGCACCAGUGCCCAGAUUUUAGAUUCAGGGAACUUGGUCUUACGAGGAGCUCAGCUGAAUACUCUGUGGCAGAGUUUCGAGAUUCCUUCGGACUCAUUCUUGUCGAACAUGAGAAUCAGCCAUAGCCAAGGAAAGACAGAACUCACUUCGUGGAAAAGCCCCUCUGACCCUUCAAUUGGGAAGUUCUCGAUGGGGAUUGAUACUGCGAUGCGCAUUCCUGAGAUAUUUAUAUGGAAGGAGGGAAGCCCAUACUACAGGAGUGGUCCAUGGAACGGUCAGGCUUUCAUUGGAGUGCCUCGUAUGAAUUCUGUCUACCUGCGAUGGGUACGUGUUUCCAACGAUGAUCGAGGGACCGUAUACUUGACCUAUUCUUUUGCUAAUGAGUCAUUUUUGGAUUACUUCCAAUUGAACUAUGAAGGGAACGUAGUGGAGUUGUACUGGGACGAUGGAGAGGAGAGAUGGGAGAUCCGUUGGUUGGCCAGAGAGAGCGAGUGCGAUUAUUAUGGCAAAUGUGGGGCAUUCGGAACUUGUGAUUCUAAAAUGUCACCGAUCUGCAGCUGUUUAAGGGGUUAUAAGCCAAAGAAAUUGGAGGAAUGGAACAGCGGGAAUUGGACUAGUGGAUGUGUUAGGAGCGCUGUGCAACAGUGCGAGAGGAUGAACACGAGCCUUAAUGGCAAAAGUGGCGAAUCAGAUGGGUUUCAUAAACUCAGCAACAUGAAGGUUCCUGACUCAGCAGUGUGGCUGUCCGACGAGGAAAGCAAGUGUCCGAUCCGAUGCUUGUCGAAUUGUUCGUGUAAGGCUUAUGCAUAUGACAGUGGUAUUGGGUGUCUGGUAUGGUACCGGGACUUAGUAGAUACGAGUGGCAGCUUCUAUGAAAACACGGUAAGCAAAGUGAAAAUCAUAGUAGCAUUGAUAGUCGGUGUGAUUGGCCUCGCCUUUUCUGGGUAUUUCAUGUGGCGAUGGAUUUCUAAAAGUAGAGAAAGUCGGAAAACAAGGAUACAGAGAUCACCUCUCAGAGGCUUGCCCAGAGAUGACCCCAAGCAAGUGAAACUCGAAGACCUCCCCCUGUAUAACUUCAAUGAGAUUGCAAAUGCUACGAACAAUUUCAGCUUGAACAACAUGCUGGGUCGUGGAGGUUUCGGUCCAGUACAUAGGGGAAGGUUCCCAGAUGGGCAGGAAAUUGCAGUUAAAAGACUUUCGAAAUUCUCGGGACAAGGAAUGCAGGAGUUCAUGAACGAGGUUCUGGUCAUCUCAAGGCUUCAACACCGGAAUCUUGUCAGGCUUCUCGGGUGCUGCAUUGAGGGAGACGAAAGGAUCUUGAUUUACGAGUACAUGCCAAACAAAAGCUUAGAAGCCCUCAUAUUCGAUCCGAUGAAUAGGGGGCAUUUCAAUUGGGAAAAAAGGCGAAACAUUAUUGCGGGAAUUGCUCGAGGACUACUUUACCUACACAGGGAUUCUAGAUUAAUAAUUAUUCAUAGAGAUUUGAAAGCAAGCAACGUUUUAUUGGAUGAAGAUCUCAACCCGAAAAUAUCAGACUUUGGCAUGGCAAGGAUAUUUGGUGUUAACGAAGAUCAAGCAAACACGAGAAGAGUUGUCGGGACAUAUGGUUAUAUGUCUCCGGAAUAUGCCAUGGAAGGGCAGUUUUCUGAGAAAUCCGAUGUCUUCAGCUUUGGAGUGUUGUUACUGGAGAUCCUGAGUGGGAGACGCAACACAAGUUUCUACCUCGAUGAGCAGUUCUUGAACCUCCUCGGUUAUGCAUGGAGAUUAUGGACAGAUGACAGGGACGGGAUGGUCAAUUUUAUAAAUCCAUUGAUUGUUGAUGCAGACACUCAACCGGUAAUCCUGAAGUUCAUGCACAUGGGAUUGCUCUGUGUUCAAGAAUCUACGAAAGAUAGGCCAAAUAUGUCCGCCGUUGUUUCAAUGCUCGAGAGUGAAAUUGUCGAUCUCCCUGCUCCGAAUCAGCCUGCCUUCUUAAACAGCUUGAUGGCUUCGAACAUGGAGUCGCCUCAACAGAGUCAGAAGGCUUCUUCCGUUAAUAGCGUUACCAUAAGCAUUAUACAAGCAAGAUAAGAAACAAAUGGAAUGUCAAACCUGAACAACAUACUCAUUGAUGAUUACAUUCUAUGAAACAACAAGCUACGAGCAUCGGAAUGCUUACUGUUGUGAAUGAGGGAGCAAGUACCAGUAGGGAUGAAGGUGGUGGUCAGCAAAAUGCACAGAGGAAGAGCUCACGUCAGAGGAUACGUUCUAGAAGGUCUGAUGAUUUCAUCUAGGGCUCGUGUUAGUUAGAGAUGGAUGUGCUGGCAUAUACGGGUAAGGAGUGAGUCGUUAUAAUAAGGGGGUGAAUGGUAGUGAGGGGUAUCAAUCUGUUAAGCUAUAUUCCUUAUUCUCAUCUCCUAGUUUUCUCUCUGUAUUCUCAUCCCUUUCUUCUCUGAAUUCUCAUCCCCUUCUGCCGUGAAUGUUCUGAUGUGAGGAUUGCAAUUCUCCCUUAAGAAUUGCUGAGUAAAUACAUAAACUGCCUUUGUUGCUGAUUUCUCUGA